CAAAACUCAAACCGGCAUCACACUAUAUCUCUGACAGAUAGAUCGCUUGCUUCCCGUUAUAUGUUUAAGCUGUGUAUGUGCGUGCGUGCUUGUGAACCGGCUCCAUCGCGGACUAGCUGUCUCUCGAGUCUCGACCACCAUCCCCAUCCAUUCAUUGACUACGUACUGCUACUGGUAUUGGUCUGCCUGGAAGAAGUGCGGCUGCAUAAAAUACUGAUCAAAUCGUAGCAUCAUCGAAGCGAAAAGUAUUCUUCCGUGUUCCUUUAUUAUUUCGUGACUACAGUGGUAUUAAAGAUUAGUGCUUUGCGGAUCACGACGAAAAUCAACAGUAGCAUAGCAAACGGAACUAACCGCUAAGUAAAAAGUUUAUCAUCAGCACAACAGGGAAUAAAAUUCCUAAACCAAACAUGGCAGUGCCGACCAAGGACGAACUUCGCAAGGAAAUUGCUGCCAUCCUGAAGGAUGCAAACCUGGAGGAAACGGCCGCCAAAAAGGUGCGCCUGCAGUUGGAGGAAAAUCUCAAAUGUGACCUGUCGGCACGCAAGAAGGAAGUCGACAAUCUGGUGAUGGAGUACGUCAAUGCCCAGGACGAGUCCGGCGAGGACGAGGAAGAAGAGGACGAAGAAGAUGGUGAGGAUGAGGAGGAAAAAGUUGCAGAAAAGAAGGCACCGAAAAAGAAAGCGGCCGCCCCCGCCAAGAAGAAGUCAGCAAGCGACGAUGAAGAUGGCGAAGGAGAGGAGGAAGAAAACGACGAUUCAGACGAUGGGGGUGCUAAGAAGAAGGGCAAACGAGGUGCCCCAGCGAAGCGUGGUGCUCCUGCUAAAAAGAAGAAGAAGCACGGCUCGGACAGUGAAGAAGAAUCGGACGGAUCUGAGGAAUCGGACGACGAUUACAAACCGAACAAGGGUGCCAAGGGCAGUGCAAAGAAGGCGCGCGGCCGGAAGAAGGGCGGCUCGGGUUCCGACUCCGACGGAGACUGGAAGCGGGCAAAGCCUAAGAACAAGAAACCGGCUGGCGAAAGGAAGAGUACCGGUUUCACACGCCCCUACACCCUAUCACCGGAACUGGCCGCCAUUUGCGGCGCUGAGUCACUGCCCCGGCACGCGGUCGUCAAAAAGGUCUGGGCCAUCAUCAAGGAGCGCAACCUGUACGACCCAAAGAACAAGCAGUUUGCCAUCUGCGACUCGGAACUGCAGAAAGUCAUCGGCGUUAAACGGUUCCGCACGUUCGGCAUGCUGAAGUAUCUGAAGCCACAUUUCCUGAACUAACUUUAGGCGUAAAUGCAUGCGCGGGACAGAGGCGAAACAGUACGUACCAUUCUCAGUUUAGUUGUCUUCUUCACUACUUACUUACUGACUGUUACGAGCAGCCUGGAGGGCCUCUUCCAAAUGCGUCAACCACAUACUAAUAACUAAUAUUCCGAACGGACAAACGUGUGUUAAACAGGAUACAAAUAUCUUAAAGUUCGUUGUAUGCGAAUCAAACAUAUGGAACGAAGCAACAAAUAUAUAAUGUACAACAACAAGAUCGCGAAGGGUAGCUCGCGAGGACCGGUGUCGCACUCCGGCCAAGUCACUACAAAUCACUAACUAGUUGUGAUGAUUAAAUCGAGUAAAUUUAACAAAGUAAAAACCAUGUAAUUUUGAACUUACAAAUCAGACAGGCAUUUUUAUUGGAUCAUAUAUAUCUACUAUCUAGAAAGCUACUCAACUUAUUACUAUUUUUUAAUUUUUUUUCGACCAUGGUAUUAGUCGAAAAUGGACACAUCCGACAGUGGAGUGGAAAUAUUAUUUUUUUAAGUACGGUAAAAGAUAGAGAGGUAAAAAAGAAGAGUGCAUAUGAUUGUGGUAAAAUCCAAUAAAAAAAGCGUAAACAAGUUUCUACGAAUAAAA